AUGUCUGAUGCACCAGGACUAUCUAAAUCCAAAGCCAUCGCGAGCAUGGCGAAAAGGGAAGACGACGUAACGAGGGUGAACGCGCGGGGAAAACUCAGGUUCGUGCCCACCCUCCCAGCACGGAGGCUCAAGGAAGAUGUUAAAAAGGUGCGCAUUCUCCUCGCCCUCUCUCGCAGCUGCCUCACAGGUUGUGAAGGAAGAGCCCGCCGCCGCUCCUAG